AUGUCGGAAGUACAAGAUGAUUCACAGAAACCAAAAGAUGAAAACCUAAAAGAUGAAAACCUAAAAGAUGAAAAACCAAAAGAUGAAAUAACAAAAGACGAAAAACCAAAAGAUGAAAACUUAAAAGAUGAAAAUUAUGAUAAAAUUUUAGAGCGAAGGAUUGUUAGAAAAUGUGAUUUCUAUAUGCUGCCCGUAUUGACCGUACUAUACCUGUUAGGCAUCAUUGAUCGUGCUAACAUAGGAAAUGCUGCUAUAGCUGGAUUUGAUUACAAAUACUUGAAUACCUCUCCUGCUGCUUUUAAUUUUGCUAUAGCUGUGUAUUUCAUCGCUUAUAUGAUAUUCGAAAUCCCUGCAAGCUUAAUGACUAAAAUAUUAGGUUUUCCUAUUUGGAUACCAAUUAUAAUGUUUUGUUGGGCCGCUGCCUCUAUGAGUCAAGCUGCAUGUACAAAUGUUGUCCAAUUAGGAAUUGUUAGAUUUUUAUUAGGAAUGGCUGAAGCUGGUUUUCCCCCAUCAGUAAUAGAAUAUGUUGGUUUAUUUUAUGCCAGGAAAGAAUUAACUUUAAGGUAUUCUAUCUUCAUGACUUUGAUCUCCAUCGCUGGUGCAUUUAGUGGAAUCGCUGCUUUCUUCAUAGUCCAAAUAUCUGGAACUUCAUUACAUGGUUUUCAAUGGUUAUUUUUAAUUGAAGGCAUACCAACUAUUAUUACUGCUAUAGUUAUUGCCUUAUACAUGACUCGUGGUCCUGCUGAUGCUCGUUUUCUCACUCCUGAGGAGCGUAAAUUCGCUGUUGACCGUCUAAGACCUGAAGGUGGUCCUACUGAUGUUGAUCGUAGCACCGCAAAAGCUCAGAUAAAACUCGCUUUUACUGACAUUAAAGUUUACGUUUAUUUAAUAAUGUUAAUGCUUGCUUCGGUCCCUUUCAAUUCCCUUAAUUUUUUCCUUCCAACCUUAGUUAAACAACUUGGUUAUACUAAUGUACAAGCUCAAUUAAUGGUCGUACCUCCUCUUGCUAUUGCUACUAUCUGGAUGACCAUUAAUUCUUGGGCUUCUGAUAAAUACCAAACGAGAACUUUGAACUUAAUGGCUGCUUAUUUAUUGUCUAUUACUGGCUUGAUAGGAUUGUUAGCAACUGAUGCUACAAAUCCUAAUUUAUAUCAUUUAAGAUAUUUUUUCACC